AUUAUAGUUUUCUCCGAAAUUAACUGCUCUGACCCAGAUUUAAAGUAUGGUGUGACCGAAUAUUAUUGAUAGAGCAAUGCCACGAACCCAAGACGCAGAUGAUCCCGCCAAUUUCGACUACACUUCCAAGUUCACUUCAGAUGAGAUAGAGGAGUAUAGAGAUGCCUUCUCUGUCUUUGAUACAGAUAAUGAUGGGAUCAUCACAACGAAAGAGCUUGGAACUCUUCUCAGGUCAUUAGGACAGAACCCCACGGAAGCUGAAGUUACAGAAAUUAUAAACGCUGUUGAUGCUGAUAAGAACGGUUUUUUGGAGUUUAAAGAGUUUGUGGCUAUGAUGGGAAACAGAAUCACUAACGAGACCAUGGAGAGAGAACUCAAGGAAGCCUUCAGAGUGUUUGACAAGGACGGUGAUGGAUUUAUCAGUGCUGAGGAAUUUAGAACCUUGAUGACGUCAUCAGGAGACAGACUUACUAUUGAUGAGGUGAACGACUUGAUCGCGUUCGCAGAUAUAGACGGUGACGGGGUGAUAGACUACCUAGAGUUCGUCAGCCUGAUGAUGAACUUAAACUUUGACGAGCGAAAUGCGCAGAGCGCCCCCCAACCCCAAAGUUGCCCCUCAACUCCUGGCUCAGAGACUAGUUCGGGUAGUCGCAGACCUAACGGAGUAGGGUCCAGCCCGCCAGAGAUGAAAGCCAAGAAGAAACAACCACCAGUGCAGAGACGUUAACAAGACGGGCAGUUUGGGGAGUAAAGUAUUGGGUUUAGUGCACUGGGAACUAGAAGUGGUAUAUGACUGACUAUAGGGAUCAGUUUCCAGAAGAACUAUAACGGUAUUGAGUAUUAUGGUCAUUCAGUGCAGAAUUUAACACCAUUUGAAUGCUCUGGUUCGUGCAGAGAGAAGGAGAGUUACAGAAGAAACUCAACAUAGUGAUGAUGAUGUAAUUUUAUUUUUAGCUUUACUGUAUUGAUUUGAAUUGAGCUUGACAAAUUGAAAAGACUGAAUAACUGCAAUACAACUGCAAAAUCUAUAGGAUAAAAAUAAAAUUAUACUCAAAAUCUUUGUAAAAACAGUCGUAACAUAGAGCAGGGUUAAAAAUAGCUUACCGAUAGGUUUUUAGUUAAAUAGCGGAAAUUGAUAUAACGUUAAAUGCGGAUCUGAAUUACCCCAUUUUGCUGAAUUUACAUAUUUCAAGAUGAUUCUGUCAGAA